AUCUACGUAAUUCUUUCGUGUACUUAAUUUUUUAUCUUAUUCUUUUACAACAAACUAGAAAGUAACUUUUCUUUAUGGUUACAAAUUCAGAAUAAUUUGUAUGCUUUUCCAGUCAUAAAAUUCUGGCUGCAAAUUUCGUGGAUUCAAUCAUUAAGCUCAUGAAUAGUCGUCAGAAUGUGGGCCUGGGCAAUGACUAUAUCAAUAUGUUUUGUCACUUACUUUUUUUUAGCCACAUGGUGUGCCUCUAUCCACAAAUACUAUCAUCAGUCAUCAGAUAAGGUAUGACGCUUCGUAAAAUCUUGGGAAUUUGCCUCUGUAAUCUCCUAGAACAAUUAACUAGCCAUGGCUCAGAUAACAACAUUAUCAGUCAGAAUACCAACAUUCAACUCUGCAACCUAUGAAAACAUCUCAUUUACAAGAAUUAGUGCUUGUAAUCAGUUAUUUCCAUCAGUAGCUGAUUCUACAUGUAAAUACAACAGGGUUAUUACUACUACCAUUAAGACUAAAUCUUUUAAUAGUCCUACUGCAGCAAUUUCUGGUACUUCUUCCUUACCAUCCACCGAAGAAAGCAUUGAUUCAUCGGAUCAACCACAAGUUGAGAAUGCCCGGGAGAAGUUUGAUUGGUAUGCUCAAUGGUAUCCGGUGAUGCCAGUUUGUGAUUUAGAUAAAAGGAAACCAACUGGUAAAAGGGUUAUCGGACUUGAUGUGGUCGUCUGGUGGGAUAGGACUGAAUCUCAGUGGAAAGUUUUUAACGAUUUAUGCCCUCACCGAUUGGCUCCUCUCUCAGAAGGCCGAAUUGAUCAAUGGGGGAGGCUUCAGUGCGUGUACCACGGCUGGUGUUUUAAUGGAUCUGGUCAAUGUAAACUCAUUCCUCAAGCUCCUCCUGAUGGCCCUCCAGUUAAUACCUCAAAGAAAGCGUGCGUAGCUGUAUAUCCGAGUGUUGUCCAGAAUGGCAUUGUCUGGUUUUGGCCGAAUACGGAUCCUCAAUUUAAGGAUAUUCUUCAGAAGAAAAAACCUCCAUUCUUGCCUGAACUUGAUGAUCCUUCUUACUUCAGUUCAUUUACUAACAGAGACUUAAAUUAUGGUUAUGAGGCACUCAUGGAAAACCUUAUGGACCCAGCUCAUCUUCCUUAUGCACACUACGGUAUAGUGAAAUCACCACCUCCAAAAAUAAAGGUUGAUAGAGAAGGUGGAAUGCCUCUAAACAUGAGUGUUAAGCAUAUGGACAUCAAUGGCUUCUCUACAAAGCGAGAGUGGGGUGCCGGUGCCUUCUUUGCACCUUGCGUCUACUAUGCGUUUCCCAAUCCGUAUUCAUCUCCAGAAAAUGGCAAUGGAUCAGUCUUAAAACAGAAAAGACUUGUUUUCAUAUUCAUUUGUAUUCCAGUAAGUCCAGGAAAAAGCAGAGUAAUAUGGUCAUUCCCAAGAAACUUCACUGUUUGGAUCAACCGAAUCAUACCAAGAUGGGUGUUCCAUAUGACCGAAAACUUGGUUAUUGAUUCCGAUCUUUAUCUUCUUCAUUAUCUGGAACGAAAAGUUUUAGAGUUUGGUCCAGCCAACUGGCAUAAAGUCUGUUAUUUGCCAACAAAAUCAGAUGCUGCUCUUUCUGGGUACAGAAGAUGGUUGAUCAAAUAUUCACAAGGCCAAGUGGAAUGGAAUACCAGGUUCAGUGGUACUUCUCUUCCCCCAACUCCUUCUCGAGAAAUACUAAUGGACAGGUAUUGGACUCAUGUGGUGAACUGUUCUAGCUGUAAUGCUGCAUAUAAAGGACUUAACAUAGCUGAGAUGGCACUUCAGGUCUCGGCUUUUGGUUUGCUUGGCGUAGUUGCGUUAACUAAGCAGGGAACACUGACCAUAAUCCAACGGACUGCCAUUUUUUCGAUAGCUAUCCUCUUCUUUUUAGCCUCGAAAUGGUUAUCUCGGUUCAUUUACAAGACUUUUCAUUUUCAUGAUUAUGACCAUGCUCUAAAAUAAGCCACUUGUCUGAUAAAACUCGAAACAAUAAGGGCGUACUCUUUCUCUCCUAGAAUCUCAUCUACCUAUUUUUUUCACACUCCGUUUUGUACAUGUAGCAAUUUCUUUGGGUCAGAGGGAGUACUUUAUUCUCACAAUUUAAAAUUAAAUGUGUAAAUAUAAUAUCAUUUCAUUUUGAAGGUCACUUUUUGUGUAUAAACAGAAUGUAUUUAAAGAGUAGACUACAAAGUUUAAUUUGAGGAAUUGAAGCAUUAUAGUUUGGUAAUGAUCAGUGGAACAAUUGUGUACUUUUGUGUUAGUUAUCAUUUUAAACUAGGAAUGAAAAUCUCUCUCUCCCCUUAAUUAA